CCCACAUCCCGUGGGGUAUGUGCCCUUACAACCAAGCCCGGUCUUAUACGGGCAAGGAAGGGUACCCGACUGUCGCGUAUCAAGUUACCGUAGACCACACGAAACGGGUACUUGCAGUAACGCCGGGGUUCACGGGAUCGACUAACGACAAGAGCAUCAUCCGGUACGACACGGCAGUCACCAAGAUUCGGGAGGACCCCAUCUACUCCGAAAAGGAGUUCACCGUGUACGAGGCGGAUGGGACACCUUACCAGCUCAAGGGGUGCUACCUGCUCGUGGACAACGGAUACCACAAGUGGGUCACCUUGAUCCCUCCCUCCAAGUACCCGAUUGACCAGAACGACCUGGCCUUCUCCAAGCGGCUGGAGAGCGUGCGGAAGGACGUGGAGUGCUUCUUCGGCAUCGUUAAGGGUCUUUUUCGGAUCCUCAAGCUGAGCAUCCCGUACCACAAGCAGGAAGACAUUGACAACGUCUUUUUCACGUGCUGUAUCCUGCACAACAUGCUUCACAGCUACGACAACAAGAGCGAGAUGGAGGAGGAGCCCAACUGGGCAGGGAACGCCGGGCUCCACAACGCAUGGGAGCACAACCCAUCGCUGGACUUGAGCUCGGUUGGAGCGAAGGGCUCGUCGGCCUCGACGGAGGACGUCGAGGUCGAGUCUGGGUUCAACACACGGAGGAAGCAGUUGAUCGCGAGCUUCGUCUACCGCAAGAGCAAGAACGACAUCGCGUGGCUCUCUUAGAUGUUCCGUAGUUGUUAGUCUGACAAUGCUGCAACAAGAUGUCGCACUCACAGUCACACAACACGCGGCCGCCAUGCUGAGGUCAUGGGGAACAUAUUUUUGUGUCGUCUUUAGGGAGAGGUUAGACCUACUGUAGAGGGUGGGUGUGUGAAACAAAAGAAACCAAGCUGUCUCUUGUUCUGCACUUUCUCGCUCGCGCUAAGUUGCUUUGGUGGAUUUGAUAGUUUGUUCCUUUAUUUCCUUGGACCCAAUUUGUACGAUGGGGUGUUUCGGGUCGGCCGCUCGGAGAGGGGGUAGGGAAUAGGAGGUAGUAAAUCACCCAUCGAGGACUCGCGUACAUGAUAGCCCGUUGUCGGUUCGUUGGUCCUUCCAGAAGUACCACGCGUGUUUGUGAACUCCCCUCCCCCGGUGUUUGCGAUGGGCGACACCGAUACGAUAGAUAGGAUAGGGGAAAAAGUGUAGACCAAGUAGGAUGGCACAAUUGCCCAUCGGUGAUCGGUCCCUGCCUCCAUCAGCACCACGUCUCCCCCCCCGCCAUUCGCGGGCAAGACACACCAGCUAGUGUAGACGUUGUUGUGACGUGUCAUAGCUGCUGUGAUUCGCCCAGCGUUUCCGUUGGGAUCGAAAAAAAACAAAAACGAUGUUGUCCGGAUUCAUUUGUGCAGCUCCUGGAAGAGAUGUGCAGACUCCGCUUCUGGGCAACACUCAACCCCUGGAAGUAAGUAUCGAUUAUCGGCAAAAAAAAAAAAGAAUGGUGGAGUGAGGAUAUCGGGAGGGGGAGGGGAGUCGCAUGCAUCCGGAACUCCGUAACACCCCUCCUCGAAACGCUCAAACCUCCCCCUACAAAAAAAGGGCAGCUUGCAGCACUCACCACUCUUGGUUGCAGACAGACUCAGGAAAAACAAGUAACAGAAUCAAGGGCGGCUGCUGCUGCCACCCAUAAUUACCCACGGGUUGAAUCCACGGGUUGAAUCUAUGCCCACCCCUACCGCCCCCCACUUUCAGCUGGUGCUACCUGCUCCCCACCAUACGUUGGCCGCUCGCAAAAAAAAAACACAAAGAGAGGUCGAGCGUUGCUGUGACGAAGGGUGUGUGGCGGUGAGGUGCUGCCCGUACAGAACAACACCUUCCGCUAAGCACACAGCACAACAAAAAAAUGAAAGUAGAGAAAGAGCUACAGCACUCACGACACUUGCUUGCUGCAGGCCCCCGAGAGUAAAAAAAAACGCUGCAAGAAAAGGACAAACAACUGCGGCCGCAUCCAACUUCUUCGCAAAAAAAAAAAAAUGCGAACGUUCACCUGGUUCCUCGCAUCAUGGGUGAAAAGGUCUAUAUGCUAGUGAUGUUGAUCCAACCAGGCGAAUAUCCACCCCCGCCACCACCGUCCCCCGAACCUGCACUCGGUACUGCCCCGACAACUCCACCACUAGCACCAGGAAAGCCGGGCAGAGCGGGAGCACCAGGAAAGCCGGACAGAGCGGGAGAAGCCGUCGUCAUUGCCGCCGCUGCCGCUGCCGGCGUCUCCGAUACCGCUGUCACCGCAACCGGAGAUGCCACACCCGACGACGUCGCCGGCAAGCCUGACGCAUUGGCCGGCGCCACGGCCGGCGUGCUCGUUGGGUUGGAGGUGGCAGCAUCAGCAGUAAAUUUGCUGACAGGGGUUCUGUACAGCUUAGCAAGAUCCCGCUUGAUUUGCGCGCGCCGUGCGGUGUUGUCCUCGUCGUCUGGAUCGAGACGGUCCAGUUCGCCUUUCAGAUCGUCCUUCGCUUGAGCCUUGCGCUUCCGGCAUGCUUCCUCUUCUUCCAGCUUGCGCUUGCGGCCAGCCUCCUGUUCGCUCAGCUCCCUGCCUCUUUGCACAUCGGCAGCCACUUACGCCACUGCUUUAGCCACCGACCUCGAUAUCUCGGCCUGCUGCUUUGCCAACUCCAGUCCCUCCCUUCGUAUGGUCUCCGCCGACUGUUGGGCUGCGUCCUUUGCCAUUGCCUUUUUAACCUGGGCCCGACUCUGCGCCUCCCCGGCACCGACGAACUGCUUAACGCCGGCCCUGCCCAAGUUCGCGGCGGGGUCCGAUGCACCCCCCUCGCUCCCACUCCCCCCGUCGCUGGACGAGCCCAAAGAAGCUUUCUUUUUCUUCCGCGGACGAGAAUCUCCAGAGGGGCCAGAUCCAGCUUUCAUUGCAAGGUCCGUGUCCUCGCUGUUGCUGGGCCUACCAAAGAAGCAAAAGGUGAGAAAAUAGUAGGGCAUCCAAUUGGGAGGCCUCUCGGGAUAUUGGACGACUGACUCCGGUUCAGAGCCGCCGUCGUCUUCUUCUCCUGGGGUUUUCGGCUGCUCCUGUUCCAUGGGCUGCCCUUCCCGUCCCGCGCCACCGUCGCCAGAACCGUCGAUUCCCUCAGAACCCGCC